AGAUAAGGUUCGCGAUGAAUUUUUAUAUAUUUCGAUAAAUUAUUAUUGAUUACUUGAAUUGAUAAUAUCGAAGUUCUGUAUCGCCUUACUUCGCAUCGAUGCUUUUUAACAUUUCAGUGCGAUUUAUCGCGAUGCAUUAAUUUCAAAAGCGUAUUAAACUGUUUUCAUUACUUUUUACAAAGGAAUUAUUUUGAUUAUUUUUACGAAAUAUCAAAUAUCUAAUCGUUAAGAUUAAUCAUAGACGAGAGAUUCUUCGAUUCUAACUUAUCAAACAAUCUUACUACAAAUAGUCACAUAUAAUUUUAUAAAACUUAAGUUAUUACGGCAAGUUAUUAUAUUCCUCUUCGUCAUGGCCAGCAAAAAAUAUAAAUCUUUGUUUAGCAAAGAAAAUAAAGAUUAUUUUAUGAGUACACACUUCUGGGGACCGGUAUUCAACUGGAUGAUACCUAUAGCAGCUAUAGCAGACACGCAAAAGCAUCCGAGGAUCAUUAGCGGCAAGAUGACUUUGGCACUGACGUUAUACUCGCUCACGUUCAUGAGAUUUGCUAUAAGGGUACAACCAAGGAACAUGUUACUUUUCGCAUGCCACGGUGUUAAUGCAGUGGCUCAAUUAACACAAGGCUGUCGAUAUCUUCACUAUCACUAUGGUACAAAGCCAGAGGAGGGAGAAUGAUAUUGUGAUCGUAAAAAAGUGAUGAAAAUACAAUAUGUAUUUCUGUUAUGAAAAUUGAAUUAGUUCAAUCGAUUAAUUAUAUGCGUACUUAUUAUACGCCAUCGAUUAAUUAUACAAAAACAAAAAUUCAUAGAAUGAUGUGAGAUGAUAAAAGAGAAAAUCUAAACGUAUCAACAAAGAUGAAUACUCACAGAUAGAUUCGUAAAAAGAAGAAAGAAAAAAGAGAAAAAAGAGAAUAAAUAAAUAAAAAAAAAAAAGAAAAAAGGAAAAAGGAAAAA